GCUUGAAAAGCACGAACAAUGACUCGUGUGUCGUGUGUAUCAGUACCUAUAUGACAUUGUUUUUCUUCGGCGUGAAGUGAUCGUGAUCGACAAAAUAAACGACGAUCAAGCUUCGGAAACAGGCGUCUGAACACCAUCGUGACGUGCCAUCUUUGCCGAGUUUAUCAUCAUCAUCGCUAAGAAUGAACUUUUCCGUGAUUACAGAUAUAAUAAAAACCGGAAGUGAAAGUGGUACAGCGAUGGCUCUGUACGAUUACGAAACCCCAAUAUCGAACUCAUGGAUCAGGACAUAUUGUACCAUCUCGCACUCGGCAGCGGCUCCCACGAUCUCGUUGAGAUGUUCGGUGACGUCAAGUUCGUCUGCAUGGGCGGAACACCGAAAAGGAUGGAACAUUUCGCGAACUACAUCAUGAAGGAGAUAGGUCACAAGUUGCCAGCGGGAACGACUCUUCUCGACAUCACCAAAAACUCCUACCGCUACUCGAUGUACAAAGUCGGCCCGGUUCUGUCUCUCAGCCACGGAAUGGGCAUACCUUCGGUAAGCAUUCUGCUUCACGAGGUUAUCAAGCUGAUGUACCACGCAAAGGUAAAGGAUCCAGUCUUCAUCAGGAUCGGUACUUGCGGCGGUGUCGGCUACGAAGGUGGUACGGUAAUCAUCUCGGAGGAAGCCGUCGAUGAAAGUAUGAAGCCUUACAUGGAAUUGAUGGUGCUCGGUAAAUUGGUGCGCCGGCCGGCGAAGCUCGACCGGCAGCUGGCCCGUGACCUGAAGGCCCUGGCCCACCGUGACGAUCCCUACGACACCGUGAUCGGCAAGACUAUGUGCUCGAACGACUUCUACGAGGGCCAGGGCCGCCUGGACGGCGCGUUCUGCGAGUUCACGGAGGCCGACAAGAUGGAGUACCUGACCAAGCUGCAGAACGCCGGGGUGGUGAACAUCGAGAUGGAGAGUCUUUGCUUCGCCGCGCUGACACACCACGCCGGUAUCCAGUCCGCCGUCGUGUGCGUAACGCUAUUGGACCGACUCAAAGGCGACCAGGUUCUGGCGCCCAAGGAAGUGUUGGAGGAAUGGCAGAUGCGGCCGCAAAAGCUGAUCGCACGUUACAUCACCACGUAUCUCCAGCGCAAGGGCCGCCUCUCCCUGGAGGGACACGGUUCCUUUUACGUCAAGAGCCCGCGCCGGUAUAAACUGGUGCAGCAGGAGUCCCAGAAUUACGAUUAAGUAAUUCACGAACGGAUCCGACGACGCGGCUUCCGAGGUGCGAUCGGACACGUCGGUCGGCUCGAUCGCGGGAUCGCUCAAGCUGCCGCAACCAAUUUAUUUUGCUCGCGAAAAGUUUAAUUUAUUCGCGAAGAGAAAAAAAAAAGGGGGAAUCGCGCAGAAGAGAACAGGAGAGAACGGCGGAUCGAAAUACAGGAGAGAGAUACGAAGGAGCCGAGGAGACGGGAAUGGAAUUGAACAAUUUACAUAUAUAUCGUGCACGUAAAAUAGGAUAUUUUUCGCGUCCCUUGGAAACACAAAGCGCAAACGUUUUAUUUUUCACGCAUAAUAUUCAAAUUGUUCAAGUCUGCUUCCACCUGUUAAAUUAAAUCUUCCCCGUUAGAUAGAUUCCUACUGAUCGAGGUAUUUAAGAGAAUACUUUUUUCCCCCCGCGGACGAGAAUACUUCCGAGCACGCGGCGUUAACUUGUAAUAGUUGAAUUACGCAAUUUCGUUUUGCAUUUUACUGCGCGUGUGUCGAUUUUUGGUUUCCGAAUGUUCGAUCGAAACCUACGAGACUUGUCUCACGACGAGUUCCCUCCCCCUCCACGUAUUCUGCGUUCUUGUAGAUUAUCGUAAUAAUAAUCGUAAUUAAGAGUUAAUAUACUGUUGCUCGCAUUGCGAGAAAGCACACCGCCGUUGCGCACACCACGAGAACGCGUUGUUGAUGAUCCUCCCCCCCCCCCCCCGAGGUCUACCCUUCGAGAAUUUAAUCAAUACCGAAGCGACCGCCAAAGUUCAAGUCUCACCGCUGGUGACCCAAGUACAAAAUGUGCAAGGAACUGCGCUCGAGAACAAUGCACAUUUUUUCCACGACCACACAUAUCUUUCAAGGCCGGGUUGCAUCAUCCUCGAUCAGCGUGGUGAUCUUUGAUCGCAGAUUGAAAGAGAUAUCUUUCGAUCUGCAAUAAUAUUACAUAAAAUCCGCAAUUGAAUCCGUUAGCUUAAUAAAUUCUCGUUGUUUGAUUACGUCCGAGUAAUACAUCCGAAUCAUAAUCGUCGCCGACAAGAGGCAAGGGACCGAUUUGGAAGGCGUUGGUCAAAAUGAUGCAACCCGCGGUCUCCCGUAGUUUCGUAGAGAUUUAAUUUUAGGAUUCGCUGGCACAAGAACGCUGCAAUGCACGUUUGCGCAUUCGCCGAUUAAAGCACACCACGACCUUUGGACGACGUUUUCCUUUCCGUUGCACCCUAAAAAUGAGCGACGACGAUUCUCUCGUAAAUCUUCAGGGAUAUGUAAGUUGACGAAAUUAGACGAAAUCCGCUAACGGACCUAUUUCGCGAUUUAUUACAAGGUUUGCGUGUUGCGUCGAGAGAGCAGUUUCGAGAGAACUUGUAUAAAUUUAGAUGCGUUCGCGCGUUCGCCAGGCGUAUGUGACAUACACGUCCCUCCGGCGACGGCGAAGAGUCUGUGUAUUAGCGCACUUAGCAGUUUGGUAGAGGCACAUUCCAUGUAUAAACAUAUAUAAAUAUAGUCAAGCACAACUAGCGCGUUUUCGUUCGAAACUGUUAUAUCCGCGCGUAACGUGGGCGGAGUCUCUAUGCAAUACAUAUAUGUACACGUGCAUACAGAAGGCAUACAGGAUGUCGAGAAGAUUCGCGAUCAUGCCCUAAAUCGCAUGGCGAUUGGAUUCAGAAAUUAACAAUAAAAUAAAAGAGAACGUUUCAAUAGAUCAUUGUCUAAUAAUAUAAUUAUAUUUUACUCGUAUGCGUUCCGGAAUAUCGAAAUUCAGAUGCUUUAAUGAGAAAAAGGAAUUCAGAUAAUAAAUAUUUUUCUGCGAUCUUAAUCUCUUUUCUCGACUUCUGCCGUGACUACAAUAUAUACGAGCUGAAAUGAGGAUGAUCGAUUUAUCGUGCGCUGUAAUCAAUUAACUGCAAUAACGUACGUAAAUAUUGUCACUUCUCUAAGUAAGUAUUGAACAAGAUUGAUUGGUAAAUGCAACGCUCGUGAUUUCGAAUGUUCAACGCGACAGCUUCGCUUAAUAAAAAUUUAAAUCAAAAGACAGGAGGCCCAUAAAGAUUUUUAACUUUUUUACAGCUUAUAAAUUAUUUGUGUGUACUUUCAACAGAAUAACAGAUAAACUUCUGCACAGCAUAAAAUUCGUGUGCAUUGGUGAUAUUUAAAAAUCACAAAAAGCACCAUUAACCGCGGAGCAAGCAUUAUAAAUGCAAGAAGAGAUUAUUGUAAAGAAAUUAUUAAUUAUAAAUUACCGCAAAAUAUACGAAAACUCUUGCGAGAGGACGAUAAUUGUGUCCAUAAAAUUAAAAAACUGUUAAAAUUAUUUUAGCUACAAAAUAUACAAAUUUCUAAUUAACCAAUUUUACAACAAACCUAUUAAAAAUUUCAUUACAGAAUAAAAACAUAUUUUACAUACAUUUUGCUCAUCAAUUUUGUGUCAAUCAUAACGCAAAGAUGCGUAUUAACUUCACGUACUGCUCAGUCCCGAACGCCCACGUUACGUCCUGUUGGUUAUUAUUAUGAAAUAUCCUAUUACCGUAGAUAGUAAAAUUAUGUAUAGCUGUGCGACACAUCUUCAUCAAGAUUGUUGCUAGCCAGUGCGUACAAUUUUUGCCUUCGUCGUUCACGUUCGUUGCGGCACGAGGAGUUGCGGAUACGUAAUAUCAAUAGCGAAUUAUCAUAAAUAGCAGCGUUUAUCUAUUUUACAUUUUCCUAAGAUAAAUUCCGGCACGCGUUAGCGGGUGCCAAACAAACAAAUUCGGCAAUACUUUUCACUUAUCUCGCGUUGCUUCACUUACCGAUCUUUUUCCCCUUCGCAUCGCCCGUUUUGUCAACGAGAAACAGUCGUUUUACUUGCAACAUGCGUCGAGAUUUCAACGGUUAGGUAUUUUUGAUUAUCUUUACGUGCCCGCAAUAAAAUAUACAAGAUGUUCCAAGAAAUCUGGGCACGUACGGCAGGAUGCUCACUUGUUAUCUUUACGUAGAUGUUGUUCAAGAUUCUGCUCAACGAAUUUUUAAGAUCUAAUAAUCUAGUUAACUGUUUUAGGAGAAUUAAUAUUUUUAGAAAAAAAAAUAAAUUAUAUUAAAUUUCUAAUGUUUUUUAUAGAAAGUAGAUCGAUUUCCGCUCAUUUCUUCAUUUAUUAGCGGUGAAUAAUUCGAAAUUUAUAGCGAAAAAGAACCCGUCUCGUAGAAAGUUUUUCUUGGGAAGAAUUCUUUGGGAAUAAAGUCUUGCUGAUGCACAUCGUUCUCGGGACAACCGGUAUAUUCUCGCCGAUCCUUGCUGUCGCCAUUUCUUUUCGUUCCACGAACAACGACAUAUCUGUGAUGCGUACUUAUAACGUGUAUGAGGAGUAUUGAACAAUGAUAUACCUAACGUUGAUACGUAAAAUAUAUGUAUAUUCGCGUGGCGAUCUUAUCUAUUUUCCUCGCGAGUGCAUAAUGGCUAUUUCUCUACUUACGAUGUUACAAAUUACACUGUAAAAAACCUUCGUUAUUAUCCCCUCCCUCCCUACCCGCCCUCGCAAAACACUUAACGAUCUAUUAUGUCUCGCCGACACGUCUCGGCCGGACGUUCUACAUUCUAAGUUUGUUAAUACUCAACUAUCUAAUUGUAUUCUCACUGUAAAACCGUUAUUUAUAUACUAACCCACGGGACGUCUAACGUGUCCUUUUAAGAACUAAUCGCUGGCACAUGGGUUACGUGGAAAAAAAAAAAGAAAAAGAGAAAGAAAAAAUACAGUUGUUGAUUGUACGUUAUAAAAGGACAAUAAAAAAAAAAGUAUUAUGUA